UUCAUAUUGGAUUCAUAUGCACCCCCUUUUCUCUCUCUCUCUCUAACUCUCUUCUCAUUUUUUCGCCGCCCUCCCUCUUUUCAUUCAAAGUCUUCAUCUCCUUUCUCACCUCCCCCCUUUCAAUAAAAUCAGAGAAAUUAACAAAGACCCUUUUAGCUUAUUCCUUCUUCUUUCUCUCUCAACCCCAUUUUCUCUCACUAGGUUUUCUGAUUUGUACUGAUUUUCUAAUCAAAACCCAUCUUUUAUUUCACUUCGGUGUUCCUCUGCUUUCCCUUUCUUUUAGGUCAUCAGAAAAACUGAAGAUUGUUUCCUUCUAAGAAAAGCUCUUGGGUUUCUUAACCUCAUUCCAGAAACUCUGUUUUUGGUUUGGAUUAGAUAUGGGUUUCUCAAAAAAGCAUCAACCAAACGGCAGCCUAGAAUCGGAAGGCAAGAAAUGGGUGAUUGCUGGAAUCGCGAUAUGUGCUCCGUUGAGAUCGAUAAGCACUAGGGCAGAAGAGAAAGAGUGCGAUGACAACGACAAUGAACGGUCGACAACCCCAACGACUAGAGAAUCAAGGAUUCCAAAGAGCUUGCGGUGCCCGCCUGCCCCGAGAAAGCGCCGACCUGCGUCGACCUGUCAUUACAAUGGUGUUAGGGAGUUUUUCACUCCUCCGGACUUGGAGUCGGUAUUUGUACGCCAUGUUGAGAGUGCAAAUUGAGUCCAGAUUAGAGCGUUAUGAUUCAUAGUGUUCUUUUUUUUUUUUUUGGUUUGUUUUUGGUUUUUCGGGUUUCUCUGUUUUAGUUGUUUAGAUUUUAGAUUAGAUGAGAUGAAUAUGUACAAUAUAUCUAUAUAUAUAUAUUUAUAGAAUGGGUAUUCUAGUUUAGUUCAAGAGAUUUGCUUAAUGAGUAGGUUCUGAAUGUUUCAUCAUUUUUGUACUCUGUAAUGGAAGAGAUUUGUUUUCACUUUGAAAUGCCUUUUGCAAUUGUGAAUGUUAGA